AUGGCCACUGUACUGGAUGCCGGUGUCCUGCACUCGCACCCCUAUGUUGUCGCCGCGGCGGCAGCGGCAUUGGUCUCGGCGUACAUGGUGUGGUUCUGGGCGCUGACGCGGCGGCUGUCCGGGCCACGGAUGUGGCCCCUCGUCGGCAGCCUGCCCAGCGUCGUCCUGAACCGGGCGCGGGUUCACGACUGGAUCGUCGACAACCUGCGCUCCACGGGGGAAGCGACCACGUACCAGACGUGCAUCCUGCCGCUGCCGUUCCUCGCGCAGCGCCAGGGGCUGGUGACCGUCACGUGCAACCCGCGGAACCUGGAGCACAUCCUGCGCUCGCGUUUCGACAACUACCCCAAGGGCCCCAUGUGGCAGGCGGCGUUCCACGACCUCCUAGGCCAGGGCAUCUUCAACUCCGACGGCGAGACGUGGCUGCUCCAGCGCAAGACGGCGGCGCUCGAGUUCACCACGCGGACCUUGCGCCAGGCGAUGGCACGCUGGGCCAACCGCAUUAUCAAGUACCGCCUGUGGAGUAUCCUCGCAGACCACUGCGAAGCUGCAGCGAGCGUCGACCUCCAGGACCUGCUCUUGCGCCUCACCUUCGACAACAUUUGCGGCCUCACUUUCGGCAAGGACCCCGAGACAUUGUCGCCGGGGUUGCAGGACAACCCCUUCGCCAAUGCUUUCGACUCCGCAACCGAGGCGACGCUGCAGAGGUUCCUGUUCCCCAGCUUCUUGUGGCGCAUCAAGAAGGCGCUCGGCGUCGGCAGCGAGCGGAACCUCCGCGAGAGCCUCGCCAUCGUGGACCAUUACAUGACAGAGGCCAUCGCGGCGCGCAAGGCGACGCCGUCGGACGACCUGCUCUCCAGGUUCAUGAAGAAGCGAGACGGCAACGGCAGGGCCUUCCCAGAGGACGUGCUCCAGUGGAUCGCGCUCAACUUCGUGCUCGCCGGGCGCGACACGUCGUCCGUCGCGCUCAGCUGGUUCUUCUGGAUGCUCAUGCUGCGGCGCGACGUCGAGCGCAAGGUGGUACUGGAGAUCGCCUCCGUGCUCAGGGAGACGCGGGGCGACGACACCGGGAGGUGGACUGAGGAGCCGCUGGACUUCGACGAGCUGGAUCGCCUCGUGUACCUGAAGGCGGCACUGGCGGAGACGCUGCGGCUGUAUCCGUCGGUGCCGCAGGACUCCAAGUACGUGGUGGAGGACGACGUGCUGCCCGAUGGCACCGUGGUGCCGGCCGGCUCAGCGAUCACCUACUCCAUCUACUCGGUUGGACGAAUGGAGAGCAUCUGGGGGAAGGACUGCGCUGAGUUCCGGCCUGAGCGGUGGCUCUCGGCUGACGGGACCCGGUUCGAGCCGGCCAAGGACGCGUACCGCUUCGUGGCGUUCAACGGCGGGCCGCGGACGUGCCUGGGCAAGGACCUGGCGUACCUGCAGAUGAAGUCUAUCGCGUCCGCUGUGCUGCUGCGCCACUCGGUGGAGCUCAUCCCUGGGCACAAGGUGGAGCAGAAGAUGUCGCUCACUCUGUUCAUGAAGAACGGCCUCCGCGUGCACGUCAAGCCGCGGGACCUCGCCGCCUACGUCGCGGCACUGGAGGAAGCACCGCAGCAGGGAGCCUUUGUGAUCCCGACCACAACUGCAGCAGCUGCAUAA